UCUCUUGUAUCACUUAAUCAAGACAUAGCUUGCCCUUUCCUGUUCAUUGCCGCCUCCCUCCCUCCCGUAUGCUCUGUUCCGCUAUUUGUUUGCCCUCGCUUCAUUCUCUUUCCCUUUGCACGCUCCCGCCUCGUGGUCCUCGUCUCGCCUUCCCGUUCAAACGGGCUCCGCCAGGACAUGCAGAAGAGAGGCGAGGUGAGGAGGAUGACAACAGAAGCAUCUACAACGGCGAGGAAGGGAUGAGAAGGAGACUGAAAAAAGAGAAGGAAGUGGAGCUCCGAAGUGCCUGCUGCGAGGGGGUCGUCUGCCGCCGUUAAUCUGCCGGAUGAGAGCCGGGCUCGGCGCGCGCUCGGCCUUGAACGGAGGCUGUAUUUCAUCCUGACGGCCCACAGAGCCGUCCGUCCCACGCCGCCGAGCUGCAGCCGCCACCUCGCCUCACUGCUGCAAAGACACCGCCCUCUGUAAGGUUCUGCUUUGGUUUGUCGGGGGGAGUUUUUUUUCCGCGCUCUCUUUCAAACGUAACUACGGCGACUGCCCCCGGCCGCCGGCGAUGUUGACGUGAAGCCGACGGCGACUCGCGGGCGGACGUCGGUCGAUCCGGGGCGAAGGCCUCCGGGCGCUCGGUUGUCACGCGCCGGACUGAUGUCCUCGCAGUAAAGCUCUGGCUUUUCCUUUUUCUUUUUUUUUUUGCCUUCUCGGAGACAGAGCUGGCCUCUGCUCACGGUCUGCCCCCCCCCUGCUCCCCCCAGUUCCCCCUCCUCCUCUAUCUCAAACUUCAGCUGCCACUUUUCCCAGGAAGAACUAAUAAACAUUCCCUAAAACACACCGACCACAAGGACUCGCCGCACUAUUUGCACCGAGGAAACACAGAAAAUUAUCUCUGCUUCGGGGAUUUUCUUUUUUCUGCGGAUCGCUACUAGUCACCUCCGAUGGCCGUCAGCAUGACCAUGGGACGGGACACCAAAUGGCUGACCCUGGAGGUGUGUCGUGAGUUUCAGCGGGGCACCUGCUCGCGGUCCGACGGCGAGUGCAAGUUCGCUCACCCCUCCCGGAGCUGCCAUGUGGAGAACGGCCGAGUCAUCGCCUGCUUCGACUCGCUCAAGGGGCGCUGCACCCGAGAGAACUGUAAAUACCUGCACCCACCGCCACACCUGAAAACCCAGCUGGAGAUCAACGGGAGGAACAACCUGAUCCAGCAGAAGGCCACUGCAGCCAUGUUGGCUCAGCAGAUGCAGUUCAUGCUGCCCGGAACGCAGUUGCAGCCUAUUACAACAUUCCCAGUGUCGCCCUCCCUGGCAACGUGCCCCAGCAUGGCGUUCAGUCCAUAUCUGAGCCACAUGGGCCCGGGCAUGGGCUUGAUGCCUGAGCUGCUGCCCAGUACUCCCCUGCUGGUCCCUGGGAGUCCCACCGGCCUGGCAGCCAUGGGCAACGGCACCUCCGGGCAAAAACAUGUGCGCACAGACAAGCUGGAGGUUUGUCGAGAGUUCCAGCGCGGCAACUGCACACGAGGCGAGAGCGACUGCCGCUACGCUCACCCUCUGGAGGCCGGCAUGGUGGACUGCAGCGAGAACUCGGUCAUCGUCUGCAUGGACUACAUCAAAGGCCGCUGCAGCCGAGACAAGUGCAAGUACUUCCACCCGCCGGCUCACCUGCAGGCCAGGAUCAAGGCCGCCCAGCACCAAGCGAGUCACAACACGGCGUCGGGCUUGGUGCUCCCUCCGGGCGCCAUGCAGCAGCCACCAAAGAGGCCGAUCUUAGAGAAGAGCAACGGAGCCGCCGCCGCCGUCUUCAACCCCGGCAUGUUCCACUACCAGCAGGCGCUGGCCAACAUGCAGCUCCAUCAGCCAGCCUUCAUCUCCUCUGUAGACCCCUCCGAGCUUCUGACUCCUGAUCCGGUGGAGCUCCAGUGCGUUCCCAUGGAAACCCAUUUCUGUCCCGUCCCCAAACUGCUGGUGGCCGCUCCGGUGAACCUAAACCCAGUAAGCCUUUCCCGAAACCCCAGUUAGAGCCCCCGAAAGCGUGCGCACCCACCAGGGCGGUCAUCUUUUCUGAAAGCAGCAAAAAAUGUGCCUCGCCUGCAGCGCACGCCGAACGGGUGCGAGAAGGUCCUGAACGCAGGAAAGCUGCGAUGGUUCACGCAAUACAAGCUUUAAAGCAGCCGCCCUGAGACGUACUGACGCACUUUGUUCCGUACAGCCAUACAUGCCCACAUCUUAAAAGUGAAGAAGACACAGUGCGCACAGACACACACACACAUUGAAGGAAACUUGCCCUUUAUGGGAUGGAGCCGUCUCGUGACCCGACACCUUUGACUUGUUCCACCGUCAGGAACCAAACUGACAAACUUAUUCCGGAAAUUGAGAGCGUUCGAGCUGCAAAAACGGACCGGCUGCUGGUCUCCAACCGGCACGCAUCGUCAAAGGGAAAGAGGGUCUCAUACCAUGUCGUGUUCACGUUUCCAGAUGGCUAUAAAUGUGACAUUUGUGUUGUACCAUGUGAUGCUGUUCAGUUUGUUCUCACGGUCUCAUCUGGUGGGUUAAAACGCUCAUUUGUUUUUGCCUUUGGAUUUGUCUGUUCAGCUGCAGAGAAGACUGAUUUUAAAGCAGUGAAAGCAUACGUCCGUUUUUUUUUUUUUUUUCAAUUAGGGGCAAUAGCCGUCAACUUAUAGCUACUAUCGUAAGAAAAUGUUGGAAUUACAGUGAUUGCCACGUAAUUCAAAUUCCCCUAGUCACUUAGUAUCUGGUACUGACGGGAUAAUAUGAAUACUACCCGGGAAAUGCAACAAAAUGAAAGAAAUACAAAUCGAUGGAUUGAUAUAAAACAAUCCCUUGUACUCUAGAGAGGCUGAGCAGAAAGAUUUCCAACAAUCUGGCUUUUCAUUUUGGAUACAAAUGAAUUUGAGGGAUGCGGCAUCUUCAGUGUCUGUCGACCGAAAAGGAAGGUUUUGUUUGUCCGGUUUCCUCCAUGAUCUGAAAACGUGGCGUUAAAGGAUGACAAUCUACACGUAGCGCUCACUUCCUCGGCAUCCAUCACUAACCGUGACACUGUGUGUUUGUUUAAAUCACCUGAAGUCAUCGAGCAGAUGAAAUGAUGUUUCAGAAAAUUGGCCCUUGUUGAGCUAUUGCACAAGAUGGGAGCUGGAUUUGUGUCCGGAAGUUGUGCCUAAAGUUUUCAAGUGCCGCUUGGUGUACGCUAGGAGCUCCCCCAUGUAAUGCAAUAUUUUAAAAAAAAGGGUAUAUAUUCCUCUAAAACUCAGAUGUGUUUUAAAAAGGCUACUUGUUUGUGUCAUUCUCUCCCUUCAUGCGGCUUUCGGAUGGAACAGGCGGCGCGAGCGUUUGAUGUGUUCUGGCUCUUCAGGGAGUGAGUUUAGAACUUGAAAAUGUCCCGUCUGACUUUAUAACGUCUCGUCUUUUCUACUGAAUAUGUUAAAACCAGAAUUCAGUUAUGGCGACGUCAGGAGGAGGAGGAGGAAUAAAUCACCCGUUUGAUGUCUCGUGUAAAAAAAAAAAAGAAAAAGAAAGAAAAAACGACUUUGGUUUACAAAUGACUGUGAGGAAACGUCUUUGUAGGUGCGAAAGAUUUAGCCUAAAAGCUCUGGAAACCACUUCUCACUUAUAUCCAAAUUCAAAUGUGCCUCUUUUAAGUCUCCUCAAAGCACCACUGUCAUUACACUGUAAGAACAGACCAGCGCUCAAAGGGAGAAGUGUUGCUUGGUACGUCCAUUUCACCGCGAGUCCCAGCUCUCCUCGUCUCUUCUCUCGUUUGUAGAUCCGUGACUCAUGUCCAUACCUGGGUGUGUUGAAAAAGAAGAUGAAUCACAUAUUGGGUUAGUUGCAAAUGCUGCAGAAAAUACAGCAUUUCCCACUAAACAUUAUUCAUUCUAAAUGAUGUUAUCGUGUCGUGAAUGUAUCUAUUGCAAAAACUCUUCACAUGCUCUUUUAAAAACAGGCAUGUUGAAAUGUAAUGAAUCACUAUAUAUAGACUAUUUCUGAGGUCACAUACAGUAGGUACCGUGCUGAUAAGUGUGUUAAGACAUUAUUAAAGUAUGCGUAUUGUUAUAUAGAUUUAUAUUUAAUGUCAAUGGAUGGUGUGACUACUUUUAGAAAUAUCUUCCACUCUCUGAAAAGGAAGAGCAGAACAGUACUUUUCAAAGGACAGAUGUGCACCGUAUGAUUUCCUGAUCAUCAGCUGUUACCCCUUUUCCCUCCUUUGAAGCACCCAAAAUGCACCUAUAAAUAAUGGUAUAAUCACGGGGCAAAAUUGAGAAAAUCUGCAUGCUACCCUUUUGUUUAAGAAGUCUUUGUUUUCAUUCAGUAGGAGUCUGCUGGCGCUGCAGCAUUUCAUCCCACUCCGGCUUCCCACCCGUUAACAUUGACAACUGUGGGGGGGUUGACCUUGGCUCGGCGUGGGCGAGUGACCUCCAGGAGCCCCGAUCAGUGAGCUGCAGUAACUUUAAUUAAUUCGCUCUCUUUACAUUCAAAAAUAAAGGUUUAACCGUAGAUAUGAGGAACGAGCAAACCAGAUAUUAUGUGUUAAUCGGUGAGCUGUAUAAAUGCGGCAGAGCAUAUUUUUGUAGCUUUGGACUCGGGAUAAACUGGUACUAUAUUUGUGAUUUGUGAGACCGAUAACGAUAUUGAUUUUAUUGAGUAUUAAAAAAUAUAUGAAUUUCUGAAAUCAUUUUUUUCAACAUUGAAAAAACAGAGGACAAAAUGUGACAUUGACCGAACUUCUGAAUGACCCUCCGCUCAACUAAUGUGACUCUCCUGGUUCAAGCUUCACAUUUACUGCAGAAAUGUGUGAUUGACAUGAAUCAUCUAACCUUCUAAAAGAACGAAAAUAGUUCCACGAAUAUCUUACUUUAUGUCUACGUGGCGGAUCGAGCCUUAGCGUACAUCUGUAAAGAUUUCUUUUUUUUCGUUGCACCAAAAAGUACUUUUGAGUUGUCUCCUUGUUAUUAAGUGUGUUGAGCAGCUACAUUUUCUCAAGUCUUUUCUCCUCCUCGGUGAAAUUGAUGAUUUGAAUGUUCAGACAAUUGAAUUUGUCUUAACCUUACAGCUUUUAAAGACUAGCUUUGUCCAGCCAAUAACGCCCCUCCAUGUAGCCUUUGUCUCCUCCCUCCUUCACUUCAUUAUGCCUUCACCAACUAAUGUCCAGCUGGGAAAAAAACCAGAUACUUGAUUAAUAAACUGUGCCUCUUGAGGGCAUUUGAAUAUUUAAAUACAUUAAGAAGUAUGUAUUAAUGUACAAGAGCGUGUGGCACGAAAAGAAAAUUUGUUUUAACCUCUUUCCUUUUCUUCUUCUUCUUCUUCUUCUUCUUCUUCUCUUGUACUUGAUUUCCUUUAGGCCUCACUGUAUUUCUCCCAUACAGCCAUGAAUCAUAACACUGGAAUAUGCAAAACGCUCUGAUCAUUGUGGCCAGUGACCAGAUCCUUUAGCAUGUGGACAGUUUAAGUCCUGAGCAUACUUCUUUUUGCCGGGGCACAAACAAAGGGCCUUAUUUCUAGAUCACUGUAUAAAGAUGUGAUACUUGUGUAUGAAAGUGACAUGUAGUAUUGGUAAGUUAAGCUUUUUUUUAACUGACAUAAACAGCAUGGAAAUUAAAAAGAAACAUAGUUUUUACAUAGUUAAUAGUUUGUGUAAACCAACAAGGAAAAUAUAUCAUGUGGACAUAAUUUGUAUACAAUGAUGGAGUCAUUGUUAAUGAUAAUGGUCACUGUUGCUGUGGCAACAAAAGGACCACAUGGCUACCUUCUAUUACCGUAAUUGUGAAUUUCCUUUUUCACAUCAAUUAAAAGAACAUACAUCACUAACUUAUUUAAAAAAGGGAAUGUCUACUUAGUUUGUCUUGUUAAUGCGACGUGAUUCAAUAUUUCUUAUGAAAACUCAUUCUUGUUAUACCGAAUGGUCCUUGGGGGAGAUCAGGUGUUUAUUUAGUUUUGUUUAGUUGACCUCAAGUGUUUGUUUGUUUUUUUGUUCUUGUACAUUGAGUUUUUGUGAAAUAAGAAUGAACUUUGGCUUUUAAAGCCAACACCUAUCUGUCAGGAAGGUAAAGAGACUUGUGGACUAAUAGAAAGAUCUUUUUCUGUAAAAAUCAAACAAGUCAUCAGCACCGCUGGUCGCCUCUUUCCGACUGGAUGCCCACCUCGCUCGGUUUGCUCCCAAUGGAGGCUGAGGCUUCGUUAUCCAGGUUUUUGUUUCCAGUUCUGGUCGAGGAAGUGGUUCAGAAGUCUCUUUGUGCCCAGCUGUGCUGGGUGAUGUUGAUCCUUGCUGAGGUGUAUACGAAUGUGUGAUGUUCACCUUGUUUGCACUUAUGUACAUAACUAUGUCAAAAUACUCAAAAUUUAUUUUGAAUAAAAUAUAGAUAAUAGAGUUGAUUAAAAAUCAAAUCAAUUUAUUGUUAAUGAUACAAGUGUCUAUCAUUUAUUUGUAGUUUAAAAAGAUUGCUCUGAAGGAUCGGCCCUUCUGUUUGUUUGCUAGAGCCCUGUUCUUUGCCAAGCAUGACAUUGCCUAGCUGUAAACCACAGAUAAUUUGCUUUAAGAACACUUCUUUUCAGUUGAUCAACCGUAACAUCUGACCCUGACAUUGAACCAGAGAGAGGUUGAUUGGAAUAAAUGGUCAGUCUGGAUUCUAUAUACAUCCACCAGGCACCUUGUCCUCUCUUCCAGAAACACACUGAGUAUCUCCAUGUGCGGCUGAACAGAAGCCAGUUAGAAAGGUGAAGCAGGUGAUCCAUCUGACUACAGAGGGACAUGUAUGAGAGAUGGAUUCACUUUACUUUUAUCAUUUGGUAAAAUGGGUUUAUUCUUUUCUCCCUCAAUGCCAUUAUCCAAAACAACAAUAAAUCUGAAUUCUCCUCAGGAUAUUUGUCCAAAUUGCUAAAAACCUGGUUUUCCAAUGAUAUUCUUGCUGCAGCAGCUACAUCCUUACGCAACUGUGUUAUUGCAGAUUUGGACAUCUGCUAUUGAAGCCAGCGCUUUUUGUUGCCACGGCACUUGUCCUGGUGGUGGAUUGACUGAGUCAUCCCAGUGAGUUGGUUCCUCACAUGUGGAGUGGACUUAACAUACUGUGUAUUUUCAGACACAAACGAGUGAAUACGAUUGUGAUUUUGUUUUUGAUUAUUGUCAUUAUUUAAAACAAUUAAGUUGUAAUUGUGCCUUUAUCAUGCAACAUGUAGUUUUUAUUUUACAUUCUACAUUAGUAUUGACUUAAAACAGCACAUGUAUUGUGUGUAAAACAGAUCCCUUUAUUUAAAAUCCUUUGCCGGUUAGUGAUUCGUUAUUAAAUUGGAUUUAAGUGCAGACUGAAUGGCAACCCGUGGAAGAUGAAGAGGGCCAAAGACUGUUCAGGACUAAGCCAUAUGAAAUAUUAUCUCUUGUCCCUCUAGGACAGACUUGAACGUGACUGCUGUUUCUUAGUCAUCUGUUGUUUCACUCUGUUUUAUGCUUGUGGUGCUUGUAUGUGCUGCUGGCUUCAUGCCAAUUUCUUUUGCAGUGUACAGCUAUUAAGAGUAAGUUACUGUGCCUAUGAUGAGUUCUGCAAUUUCUGUUUGACCUUUAAUAAAACACAUGAUCGUGA